AUGGCAAGCGAAACUGUGAGUCUGCAGGACAGGCUUGCGGACCCAACGGUCUUCCGGAUAUAUAUCAAGAUCCAGAGCAAGGAGAACAAAAACUCGACAGUCUUCCUCGCGCUUUUCGACGCGUCCCAGGAAGGCAAACUUGACUCUCAUGGCACGUUCCAGGGUGUGUGCGAGGUGUUCAGCGACCGUCUUCCUGUACUCCCUGGAAUGCCAAUCAUGGUGGUUGCUCUUUUACCUACGAACGGGAAGGAGACGGGUCCAGAAAUCCACCAGCAGCAGCUUGUUUUUCUUAAGAUGGCGGCAACUACGGGACUCUCGGUUGUUUCAUGUGCAUCGGAUGGCGCUGCAACUGAGAUGGCCGCACAGACACUCAUGGAAAAGGAGGUAUCUCAUGGACCUCCCGUGAUGUAUGACUAUCCCCUAUUUGGCUUACACCUGCAGGCCCCUGUAUUCGAGACAACUGGCCCUCUUGUAUCAUUCCAAGACCCUCCUCACUUCAGGAAGACGACCCGGAACCAGGCACAACACGGUACGAAGACCAUGACUCUGGGUGUCGGCUGUCUUAUCAUGCAGUCGCUCAUCGACCUCUACAGCCGGCCGGGCUCUGGCCUUCUCCUCAGGGAUGUUCUAGGGGACGAUAAGCAGGAUGACACAGCUGCACGGAGAUUCUACACUCACCAGGCCCUGUCUGUUCUCUGUGAGCAGGAUCCUCAAGAUGUCGCAGGCAAGAAGCUGCAGAUCAUUCCAGGGCAGGAGGCGCUGUUUGUCUGGUUAUUUAUUUUUGGCACUGAGUUUGUCGAGCAUUUCUUUGGUCUUGCACGCAUGAUGCUCCCCAAUUUUGCCUUUGGGGAGUUACUGAAUAUUGUUUGGAACGUCAUGGUUUGCCAGCGGAUCCUCAUGACUGGCGACUUCAAAGAGCGGUGCAAGAAGGAGUCCCAAUCUGGUUAUUCCUUUGAUCACGACUCCAGGCUGCUGUCGGAGGAUCAGCUACUUAAACUCCGUGUCACGCUCACAAGGGAGGAUAUCAACAUUCUUGUUCGGAUUGCCUACCGCGAGGCUGCAGAGAUCUGCAAGCAGAUUCUUCGGAUUCGUGUGCGGCCGAUUCAUGUUGACGCGCCGCUCAGGCUGUAUCAGGCGUCAACGGGUGUAGUGCGCCAAGCGCGUCACAAAGUCCGUGAUGGUGACAAGGAUGACUCCGAGGCUGACAAUAUCGACCCCGAUGAGGCCCUCCAAGCCACCAACAAGCUGCCGACCCCUUUCACACCCCUCACUCCCGCGGAUGCUGCCAUUGAGGUAGCGCAUUCCUCAGCGCUUGACGAGGACUUUGAUGCCGCCGACGAGGAGCUGCAGUUGCUCAAGAGCAAUCAUGGAACACCACCACAGAACACCUUCACGUCCUUUUCCCUCCCCUGCUCCGACUCACCCACAACUCCCCUUCCCCUACAAAGCUACAUCCUUGAUGAGUACAACCACGUCCACAUCGCCGGGCUGCUCAAGGAGAGGGGACGGGUUGCCUCCCCUGCUCGGAACCAUAGCCAGCGUUCGGUGCACUUGGACCCCAAAUAUGCCCUUGCCGCAACACGCACGCACCAAGAUCCAGCAUUCCGGGAGCAGAUCAAUGACGCCCAGGAUACUGAAGAGGAGUGGCCGGUGAUGACACCUCAGGAAGGUUUUCAACAUACGUGUAACCUCCACGAGUUCACCCUUACUCGUGGCUCAUUUCUCUUGAUGCACACAGAGAAGAGGUUUUAUAUUGGCAAGGUGCUCAACAUGUUCAAGAGGGGAAUAAUGGGUGCACGCUAUGGAUGGGUUCCCAACGGCAAAUUGCCUGAGUUGACAUACCUGUCGCUUCGGGUCUAUUUUGGUCUAGGAUUGGAGGCCAACAAGAAGUCAGAGCUCGAGUACAAGACGGUGUACAAGGAGUCUGGCACAGCAGCUUCUCUAGGACUUCGACCUCUUGCCUCCCGGUUCCAGUUCACUCGCUACCCUAUCCGUGACCACGACAUCAAGAUUCACACCCAUGCACACUCGAACUCGAGCCUCUACUAUAUCGGACAUCGCCCUUUCACCAGAAACGAUCAACGCGCGUUGCAGCUGACGCCCGAAGCGGCCAAAGCUUGGGAGGUAUUCACCCGUCCCAAAGUGGCCGAAAGGCUGAUUCGUGUUAGGUUUCCCGGCGGGUCUGUCACGUUUAUCAACUAA